UAGUUGACUUUUCCCAAUUUUUCAAAUGGGUUUCAUAUAGAAAAAUUGGUGUUUGUGUUUGUACCCAUCUCAAAGCAUACAUACAUGUUUUUAUAAGACCAGCAAAGAGUUUAAGAACAUUUGUACUUCCACUUUCCCCGGGCUUGUCCCGAACAAGAAGCCAUCCAAAAUUCAAAGUUUGCCAACGAACAAAGAAAAUCAAAAACUUUUUGCUUACGCACGCUGCCGGGAAGGAGGUUGAAAAGGAUAUCCCCAAACAGGACACCAUGGGAGUGCGACAGCGGAGCCGUCUGUGCAUUGACCGUGUGGUGAGCGACCUCAGCCUGGGCAGCUACGAUCAGGCUCUGGUGCGGAUCAACGAGGCCCUAGCCAAUAUAAGAGACCAUGGCGAGAUCCUUGCCCUGCUGGAGCUAAAGAACAUUAUCGUGAGGCUGCGACUGAAGGGCGAUGCCCAGAAGACGAUCGGGCCAACCCGCCAGUCGGACGCCUUGCCCCAUGUAUUUACCCCCGAUAUGCUGGACGUGGUGCAGAAGGUGCUGCGGUGCCGCACCCAUUACGAGGUGCUGCGUGUCUCGCACCACGCCACAUACUCGGAGGUGAAGCGAGCCUAUCACAAGCUGGCCCUGCGCCUGCAUCCGGACAAGAACCAGGCUCCCGGCGCGGAGCAGGCAUUCCGCCGGAUCAGCGAGGCAGCAGACUGCCUCACGGACUGCCAGAAGCGGAUAGAGUAUAACUUAGGCACAUCAGUGAGCGAUUGCCAGGGUCAGCAUCGGCCGGAGUACGAUGACUACCUCAGCGGCAGCGCUUGUGAGGAGGAUGAAGACCGGGAAGAGGCAAAAGCUGGUCAUAGAAGGCCCUACCAGGCGGCCAACCAGCGGAAGCCCCAGUCCCAAUCGCUGUAUCAAACGGAACAACUUGUGAUCGGAGUGGUGGCUGCAUUGGUGUUCCUAUUCAUCACCAUGCAUUACAUAGCAGCUGCACCGGUCUACAGCUUCACGCCAACCAGAACCCACACCUUGCACCGCAUCACUCAAGCGAGUCACAUAGCCUACUAUAUCAGCCCAAAGAACCUGGCCAAAUUCACAGAGCAGCAGUUAAUCAAGUUGGAAGAGAUUGAGCAGGUGUACAUAUCGGAUCUAAAGCUGAAGUGCAAACAGGAGCGAAGUCUACGGGAUACAUUGCUGCUAAGGGCGCGGCAGGCCAACAACCAAAGGCUCUUGGAGCAAGCCGUGCAAAUGCCAACGCCCGCCUGCCAGAUGGUGUACCAACUGGGAAAGACCGUCCUUGGGUCACAGCUCCUAGAAAGUCCCUCUCUGCGAGAUCAAGCGAUGCAGAAGUCAACUACAAAAUAAUCAUCCGAAAUUUGCCAUCGGUAUUUUCUGCUAAAAGUCGUUAGGAAUAGGCUUGUUGAAAGUGAAUAAUGUGGAAAUGGAAAGCAAUGUAAACUUGAAAAUAAACCUAUGUUUCUAAUUUAAA